CCGCCGUAGUCGGUGUCAACUGGCGGUCCCGAAGACCAGGGCGGGGGUGUGCGCUGCAGCGCUGGGCACCGUCCCUCGCCCAUCUCCAUUCCCCGCCUCGCCUUAACUCUGCCGCUUGUGCCCAGGCGAGUGGUGAAGGGCGAGGCACGGCGUAGAAUGCUGUCCUAAUCCCAGCACCUUAUAGCCAUCAUGGCGACAUCUUCUGAAGAAGUGUUACUAAUAGUAAAGAAGGUGCGUCAAAAGAAACAGGAUGGGGCGCUCUUCCUCAUGGCUGAAAGAAUAGCUUGGGCACCGGAGGGCAAAGACCGGUUUACAAUCAGCCAUUUGUAUGCAGAUAUAAAAUGUCAGAAAAUCAGUCCUGAAGGAAAAGCUAAGAUUCAGCUUCAGCUGGUACUGCACGCAGGGGACACAAUCAACUUCCAUUUUUCUAAUGAAAAUACUGCAGUGAAAGAGCGAGAUGCAGUGAAGGAUCUUCUUCAGCAGCUGUUACCCAAGUUCAAGAGGAAAGCUAAUAAAGAACUUGAGGAAAAGAACAGAAUGCUACAAGAAGAUCCUGUUUUGUUUCAGCUUUAUAAAGACCUUGUUGUGAGUCAAGUGAUCACGGCUGAAGAAUUCUGGGCCAAUCGAUUAAGCAUGAAUUCUGUGGAUAAUUCUACAGCACCAAAUAAGCAGGAUGUAGGCAUUUCUGCCGCUUUUCUGGCUGAUGUUCGCCCUCAAACAGAUGGAUGCAAUGGCUUGAGAUAUAACUUAACUACAGAUAUCAUUGAAUCGAUAUUUAGGACUUAUCCUGCAGUAAAAGUGAAAUAUGCUGAAAACGUUCCUCACAAUAUGACAGAGAAGGAAUUCUGGACACGAUUCUUCCAAUCGCACUAUUUCCAUAGGGAUAGGCUGAACACAGGAUCAAAAGACCUUUUUGCAGAUUGUGCCAAAAUAGAUGAAAAAGGAUUGAAAACAAUGGUGUCUCAAGGGGUGAAAAAUCCUCUACUAGAUUUAACAGCCUUGGAAGAUAAAUCAUUGGAUGAAGGUUAUGGUGUUUCUUUGGCACCUUCCACAUCCAACUCGACAAAAUCAAUCAAGGAGAGUAGCAAUGCUGCCAUUAUAAAACGCUUUAACCAUCACAGUGCCAUGGUCCUUGCAGCUGGGCUCAGAAAACAAGAAGCACAAAACGACCACAACAGUGAGACCAGCAGUAUAGAUGGAAACUCGAGGGAUUCAGAUUUAUUUCAGCCACCAGUAAAAAAGGUAAAGCUGCAAGAGUCCAUUGAAUAUGAAGAUCUAGAAAAUAACAACAGCAUUAAAACUAUUGCACUAAAUCUAAAGAAAUCAGAUAGGUAUUAUCAUGGUCCAACACCAAUUCAAUCACAGCAAUAUGCAACUAGCCAAGAUAUUAUUAAUUCUUUGCAUAGUAUUGGACAAGAAAUGGAAGUCUAUGUACCCAAACUAACUCAGGUUCUCUCAAGUAGUGCUGCAGGUAGCACCAUCACAGCAUUGUCACCUGGAGGAGCACUUAUGCAGGGUGGAACACAGCAAGCCAUAAACCAGAUGGUGCCAAAUGAUGUUCAGUCUGAACUGAAACACUUGUAUGUGGCUGUAGGGGAGCUGUUGCGACACUUCUGGUCCUGCUUUCCUGUUAACACACCAUUCCUAGAAGAGAAGGUUGUGAAAAUGAAAAGUAAUUUGGAGAGAUUUCAAGUUACAAAACUCUGCCCAUUCCAAGAAAAAAUUCGGAGACAGUAUUUAAGCACAAAUUUGAUAAAUCACAUAGAAGAGAUGCUGCAAACGGCCUACAAUAAAUUCCACACAUGGCAGUCCCGCCGUAUGCUGAAGAAAACGUGAAGAUCCAGUGGUGUCCAAGCUUGAGUGGGAAAAAUUUGCAAUACUGUAGGAACACAACUAUCCAAUGUGUAGACCUUGCAGAAAUUGCAGGAAAGUCGGCAUCCUAUUGACUCUCGGAAAUGAUGCUAACUAAACUUGCACACGUUUGGGGAAAGAAUAAAGGUCAAACUUGAAAACUGAGUUAAAAGGAACCAAACCAGAAAAGCUGAGUGGCGCAAAAAUAUAUAUAUAUAAAUAUAAAUAUAUAAAGAGACACUGUUUACGCAGUUACUCAGGAACUGCUUUUGAUUUUCAUAAAGAGCUGCUUUCAGAAAAUUAAAAAAAACUUUAAAAGGGGUGUAUUAAUAAAAGCCAAGAUCAUUUGUCUAGUUUUUUAAAGUGUAUGGCACAGGGUAGAACUCAACAUUUCUUUCUUCACUUUAUCCUGGCAUUUUAUUGAAUUCUGUUUGUAUUUCUAGAAACAGGUUUAAAAUUUUAAAUAUAACAGACUGUUUUGCUUCAAAUUCCAAAGGAGCUUAGUUACUAAAAAACAAGAUUUUUGCCAUGUUUCCCUACAAAUCAACAGCCAUUGCACUGAGAGAAGUUUGGUGUUUAUAGGAGGCAUACUUAGCAGAAAAAUACCACAAAAUUUUAUGCAGGAUUUUUUACUAGCCAUUGUUUGCAUGUUUUCUUUUGAGUGCAAGAGUGUGCUACUGUGUUUUUUAAUGACAUUUGUUUGGAGGUAAGAAAUUAAUUUUUAAAGUAAGUUUGAGAAACUUACUAAAGUAAUAACUUUUUAUACCUUUAAAGGGAAAAAAAAACUUAAUUGUGCUUUUCUCAGUUCUCUCCUGAUGACUGUUAGUGCUAUAUCUGGCAACUAGAUAAUCAUUGAAGAAUAUACAGUAUCUUUAGCUAUACUUGGGAUCUGUACCAUAUUUUGGUCCAAACAGGUGGCACUUCACUCUUACCUAAGAUGUACCUGCCAUGUAUUAAAUACUUGACUUGUUAAAACAAAGUGAGCUUGUUUUAUAUAGUCCAUGGAGUCAGACUCCGUAUAUUUCAUUGGCUUUAAUGUCUUCCUUGUUAACAGUCUCUGCUAGGACCAAGCAAGCAGCUUAAUUAUGUGUGGGAGACCUUUGAGAGUUCAUAAACCAGUAGUUUAUGACCCCGUAAACCAUGAAGAUAGUGUUUCAAGGCACUGUUGCAAUUCAUUGGAAAAGUAGAAAUUUAAUCUUGCAUUCAGAAUAGUUUGCAUCCAAAAAAUGGAAUUAUUAGAAAACUGGAACUGAUCACUUCAUUAUUGUGUUGGCAUUGGGGAUUGCUACCUAUUGAGUGUUUAUACUCCCUAGCACUGGCCACUUCAUGGGCCCCAAAGGUUUUCUCCUUUUGUAGAGGAUGUUCCUACCUAUUUACAUGCACACAGUGUGUUUGAGUGACUGAUACUCUGCAACACCCAGAAUUUUAAACAAGCUACUGUAUCUCUGCUGAAAUACUAUGGAGCAGAUGUAAGACAAACGAGCUGCUACUUGCCUUUUUAUUGAAGCUGCAUGAUACAUGCUAGGAGUAACUAAUGAUUCUGCUGCAGUACAGUAAAGCUGUUUCUCUUCUACCAAUCCCAGCAGGUUAAAGUGAUGUGUGAAAAUCAUGAAUAAUAAACUGAUGCUUCUGUGGGAAUGUCACUUGUGCAAAUAGGUUCUGGUAGUGUGCAAUUUACUUGUGUCUCUGGAUAAUCUUUACUCAAGUAUAAUUCAUUCUGAUGACCUUGCUGGCAAUUGAUAGAUCUCUGUAUCAUCUGUGCAACAGAGGGUACUUCAGAUAACAAAACAGCUUCUCAGUUUGAUAAAUGCUUGGGUCAGGCUCUGGCUGGGUCAACACACUUGCUUUCCUAGUUGAUCCUGUCGAGGUGAAGACAUAAAGUAUAUGCUUGCACUGACAUAUCUUCAAGCAAUAACUUCCUGAUAUGACCUUAAAAGUGGGGUUAAGCAAAGCAGUUGUUAAAGUGGACAACUAGAUUGACAGUUUAUUUGGCAAGCUAUUCUAUGUUCUCCCUGGUAUUUUGAUUGUUCAUAGUACAGUACCAGGCUUUGAAGAAAUACUAUAGUUGCAUAAAUAUUCCCAGAUGGAGCAAAGCACUUUGCAUAUUAUUUUUCAGUAAGAACCACAAGCCUCUCCUACCAGAAGAUGGCAAUAGCAACCGAUCAUGCACACUUCCUUAGACAUCUCUUUCCUACUCUUGCCUUCUGACUUCCGCUACUACUUAAGCAUAAUCCAAAGCUGAGUGACUUAAUCCAUUAACUGUGAAUUGUCUUCUGCUAACCGUACAGUCAUUGGAAACUGAAGAUAGACCUGUAUUUAAUGGAAAUUCAUACAACUUGUAUCGCUGCCAUUGAUCAAAAGUUGUAGAAUAAACCUGAAUUCUGUA